UACUAGUUUGUGUGUUUUCUUUCUAAGUGUAAAAAUUGUAUUUUACAAGUAAUUAUUCGUAAACCAUCACCCGCAACCCGCUCUCAAAGAAUGUACAAAAUGUUUACAAAGCAUUUUAGAAGAAAAUUAAUAAAAAACAAUUUCGCUGCCGUCAUCAUUUUUUGUGUUUUAGUGUUAUUAGUUGACAAGAUAUCAGCUGCUGGCAAUUUUGAAUUAGAAAUACUAGAAAUUUCGAAUACAAAUAGUCAUCUGUUGAAUGGCUAUUGUUGUGGCGUUCCUUUAGAAUUAAGAACCACAAGAACGACAGGUUGUCCGCCAUGUUCAACAGCGUUUCGUUUGUGCCUAAAAGAGUAUCAAAGUUCAAUGCCAACAGAACAAGGCGUCAGCUUAUCGACAGGUUGUUCUUUUGGCAACUCUACAUCUGCAAUUUUAGGUGGUUCAAGCUUUGUGCUGAGUGAUCCAGGCAUUGGUGCAAUAAUAUUACCUUUCACAUUUCGCUGGACGAAGUCAUUUACGCUGAUACUGCAGGCGUUGGAUAUGUACAACAAGUCUUAUCCAGAUUCAGAGAGGUUAAUUGAAGAGGCAUCAUAUUCAGGUGUAAUACUACCAUCGCCCGAAUGGAAGACUCUGGAUCACAUCGGUACCAAUGCCCGAAUUACAUAUCGGGUCAGAGUUCAAUGCGCCGUUACUUACUACAACACAACAUGCACAACGUUCUGCCGAGCGCGCGAUGACCAAUUCGGCCAUUACACUUGCGGUUCGGAGGGUCAGAAGCUCUGUCUGCAAGGCUGGCAGGGUGUUAACUGUGAAGAGGCAAUUUGCAAACCAGGCUGUGACCCGACACAUGGGAAAUGCGAUCGACCUGGUGAAUGCGAUUGUGUAAAGCAAGUUGCUAUUGCUCACUUUGAUGUUAAGGCUGCUGCUGAUGAAGGCGAUGAUGAAGAUACUGAAGUGGAUGUUUUCGUGGAUAAUGAUGAUGCAGCAGUUAAGGCAGUUGAGAAAGUCAAAGACAAGGUUGUUGUUGUUGCCUGA